AGUCUGGGAGCGUGAUCCGGGGUAGUGAGGGAGCCGCAGUGAGGGCGGCGACGGUUAGAGAAAGGCUGGCUGUGUCUGAGGCUAGUCGACGCCGCGCCAGUCUGCAGCGAGCAUCGCGCUACCUGCCGGAGGGCCCAUGACGUGAGGGCAGCCCGCCAGACAUGGCCACCUUCACCACCGCAACAUUGUGGCUGAUCGCUGUCUGCGCAGCAGGAGCAGUCUUAACAUCCGAUGAGAAACCGGAUGAAAAGUCGCGCGUGGUCGCCAGAUCGUACAGCAAGUUCGAGAGACGUAUCACUACUGCUAUCGCACCGCCUCCGCCUUUCUACGACCGAAGACCACCCCUGGCAUUGACACCCAGAAGACAUAGACCACAUCUGUCUUCUGCUCCACGCUAUGCCGUUAAAAUGGAUCCCGUGGUUCAAUACUCAAAUUUCGAUCCUUUGUUUCACCACCAAAGGCCAGAUAUUGACGGGAAAGUAUCAGAUACAUCCACUCAGAAUGAUCUAAAUGAUAUCAAAAAAUCUUCCUUUUCCACACCUAGUCUCCCUGCAGAUCAUUCUCACAAAAGUAAUCAGCAUAGUAGCUCCAGUGAUGUUGAAUAUACAAAGGACCAUGAGAUCGCUGGUAGCGAUGUACUUCCAUCGUACCCGGAUAAUAUAAAUCAGCACAUUUCUUACCACCAUAAUGCACCAUAUUAUCAACAAGAACAAGAACCCAUUAUAGAAAUAAUUAUUCAAGAAUCAAACCAGUCCCUACCUGCUCCACCGGUGUUGUCACCCGGGCCACCGACGAGAGAACCAAUCCAAGUGUUCUAUGUUAAAUAUAAAAAAGAUCCAUCCAAAGUUGGAAGGGAUGGUGAAGAGAGUGUGAUCUAUGAGGAACCUAUCCCCGCCAUUACACCACCAACAAAUAGUCAUCUCGAAGAGACACCGCCUCCUCACGAACACCCUCCCACACCCCCUCCACCACCACCUCCUACCACCACUUUAAGAACGAUUAUUCAUCCUGAUUCGGAGAUUUAUUAUGGUGACUCAGGGAUCCGAGUAUCAUUCGGGUCUCCAAAAGAUGAUUCAGAGCUCCAGGAGCAAGAACAGUCAGCUCCCCAGCCCGCAGUGGCACUGCCAGUACAACAAGCUGAGCAGAGACAAGGAGUGAACUUCCCCACUUUCCAACACAAGAAACAUCCCGAGGCUUUCCAGAACUCUCCAGGUCCUAGAAACAUACCAUUCCAAGGACAAGCACGUCAUCCCGAAACACAGUUCCCGAGACCAUCUUCACAGCCUUCAUUCUUUCCACCAGGGCAUCAAUCACAUCCUUCACAGGUACCCAGCCAAACAUCGCAAAACCUACGUCCUCGGCAGAAUCUCAAUCAACAACAUGUUUCACACAGCUUCUUUGGAGCUCCACAAGAACAGCGGCUACCUCUUCAGCAGUUUUCACCACCACCUCUACUGUCACAAGCACCCAGUAUUCAACGUCAGCCACACAUUUCACAAGAAAGGCCGAAAUUUCAACACCAACGAACACAAAGUAACUCUCAGGUUCAAUCAAGCAAUAUUCCUUCCAGACCAACAUUCUCAUCGACUCAUUUCCCUUUGCCCACAUCCUCACAACUAAGACCACAACCUGAAAACCAAUUCUUCGCUCAGCAACAAUACCGAACCCUUCCACCGAAUGCACCUCAACAGUAUCAACAGCAGCAGCUACAUCAGCAGCCACAACAGUCUCGCGAUACGCCACAUAGCCCAUUAACCCAGCAUAAUAGAGGAUUUUCUCAACAACAGCACUUACAACAAGGCCAAAAACCACUGCAGCAAGUGCAGCAAAAUCGUUUCCCACAACAACAAACAUUCCAACAGCAACAAACAUUCCAACAACAACAAACAUUCCAACAGCAACAAACUUUUCAGCAACCACAAGCAUAUCAGCAGCAACAAGCAUAUCAGCAGCAACAAAAUUUACUGAAUCAGCGGGAUCCAUUACAAAAGCACCUUCAUAAUCUUCAGCAACAGAGAAUUCAAAACCUUCAACAACAUCAACGACAAGAGUUACAAAAACAGGCCCAAGUUAAUAAUCAACAACAUAAUCAUAAUCAGUUUCUCAAUACCCAGCAGCAAACUUCUGGGAAACCAAAUUUUCCUGUAGAUCCAAGUGCGUAUCGUGGGGAACUGAUAAAAUCACUGCCUAAAUACGAAGAACAUAUUGUCGAAUCUACUCCCUCAAGUGUACCUCGGCCUAAUUUCCAAACGUCAAAUCGAGUACCACAAACAAAUUUUAAAAAUUUUAAUCAAAUACAGCAACCUACUGAACAGGUGAACUAUCGUCAACUGCCUUCGACAUCCCAGAGUGUGCCACCUUUGAGGCAACAACAAAAACAAACAACUCCUAACCCGAUAUCAACCUCAAAUGGAUACAGACCGUUUCCAUUAGCUCCACCUGCGCAGCCGUCGUCGACAGAGCGCCCCGUUGCAGAAAACAAGACCAGAAGUGACGAACACAAAGCUCCCGAUCCGAAAACGCUCGCAGCUCUGCCAGACGAAGUGCCGGAAGAAUUGCGUCAGCAGCUGAUAGCGUCGGGAGUCCUCAGCAACGCUGACAUCCAAGUGCUGGACUACGACAAGAUCGGCGACAUCCCAAUAGAUAAGCUUCCCCCUGAAGCUCUGGCCAACUUCUACAACGCUGGAGGCGGUUCUGCCGCCGCGAGCGCCCCGGUUCCGGCGGUGGUGUCGCCCAAUGCCACCAGAGGCUCCGUGGAGAUGAAGGUGGUGCGCUACGACCCGGACACAGAGGAAGGUCAAGCCAUCGAAGACAAGUAUGUGAAGGACGACGCCACCCAGGUUGAACCUGUCGUGCUCAAUGACUCCACAUACAACAGGUACCUGCCGCUGAAGGUGAGCGGCGCGCAGUUCCCGCUGCCCGACGCCCCCGAGCUGCGGGGCCGCAACGUGACCAGCGUGGUGGUGCUGGCGCCCGUCGCCUACGACUUCUCCGCCGGGGAGGAGGGGGCGCCCGAGGGCCGGGAGGACCGCGCCGCGCCGCCCGACGCCGCGGCGGUGCGCUUCCUGUCGGGCGACGCCUUGCGCGCCGUCGUCAGGGACCCCUCGGCCGACAACUACCGCCGCUGGCUCGACAAGGAGCGCCGCACGCCCACCGACAUGCAGUCCAUAGUGCUGCUCGUCUCCCGGUCGCCGACGACGGCCGACGACGGCUCCAAGGACAUCUUCAUGUACGACGUGGCGACACGCGGCGUGAGCCGGCUCAAGGGGGAGCUGAGCGCCGCCUUCGUCGACGUGGCCGAGGAGAACGCGCGGGCGGACGAGCUGGAGGGCGCCGAGACCAUGACGAUGGAGAGGCGGCGCCCGCCCCCGCCGCCGCCGCCGCCGCCGGCCGCCCCCAGCAUCUCGUCCGGCUACAGCAGGACGGCGGGCGGCACCUCCUAGGCGGUUCGCUGCAGACCGCACUUCGCGCGCGCGAGGGAAGCAAGGGCGCGACACGCAAACCAAGGCAAGGGAGUCGUGGCCGUUCAUGAAGCACGAAAGUCGCCAACCCGACAACUUUAAAUUGUAAAACAGUUGAAAACAAAAUUUCUCUCCCGGGAUCAUUCUAUUAAUUCACGUUUAUCAAUGUAAACAUGUGAAAUCGUCAGUAAUUUUGUUUGAAAUUGUUUAUUUUCUUUUACGGUAUGAAAUUAUAACAAGUGAAAACGCGAAGUGUAUAGUAAAAAAAAAAAAUCUUAGCCUUUUUAUACACAUGCAUUCUGUAUCUUUGUUAGUUUUCGGAACACUUCUUCAGGGUAUGGAGGUCGGCAACGCAAGAAGUUGAAAGUUGGCCGAUGCGUUUUUUGCGUCCUUGCGUCUCUUGCGUAGGUUAUAAACCCGGCUUAAAGAAGUGUUCAAAUGGUGGGUUAGCCGCUCUGAAGUGAAUCCACUUCUUUCCGCCACCUAUUUGUGCUAUUCACUCAUCAGAAUGGCUGUUGUUGGUUUAAAUUUGCAUUUGCUGUUUUUUUCUGGUUUGAGAAAUGUAAGUUAUGUUUCGCAGUGUACCUUGUAAGAUUUCAUUUUCAUUACUAUGCUAGUAUCGAAAACAGCUUAUAUAAAAGUAAACAAACGGUCGCCACGUGAAUUUCACUGCUCUCCCCUUUUCAUUCCGUGGCUUCAACACAUCUCGGCCUGAAAAAAAAACUUUGUGCUCUAUCUGCAGGUAGACUUCUCUUAUGUUGGUUCUAAAUGUAAGCACAGUUGUAUCAAUCAGCUUAUUGUUGGAAACAUGCGCAAAGAAUGGUAUAAAGCGUGUAUCUUCAUUAUUCUACUCGCAGAAUGGGCAAGUACACAUAAGCGAAAAUAGCGUGGUAUAUCAAUAAAUGGCGUUGUUUGUCAAUAAAUUGAAAAAAAAAAAAAACAUCAGGCUUACAAAACUUACCUUACUUUUGCGGCGUCGUAAAUUCGCAGCAAUUUUAGCUGGAGAAACAUUGCAAUAGGAAAAUUUUUAGGUAAUUUAGUCCUCUACGUAAAAUUAAAAAGUGACAAUUUCUGUAGAUUCAAUAUAUUUGAAUAAAAAUAACAAAAUUCCUUAGUUUUGACAAUAUUCCUAAGAUGGUUUCAAAUGCACAGGCGCGCUUAUGUCGAAAAUUAGGUUUUUAUAUAAGGGAACUGGAUAUAAAAUCAGAUGUACUAGAAUCUUUGUAAGCUCAAGUGCUAAUAUUCUUGGAUUACCAUUACCAUUGUGUUAUGGUACAUUUCAUUCACAGCGCUGCGAUCCGCCGUGCGCAUGCAGGGAUGCCAACCUUUGUCAUUCCCUCCAGUUUCAUCCUGCUUUGAUGUUUGGUGUGGACUUGUACACAGAGGCAAGUCGGUGCGAAACGAGUAAAUUUUAUGUUGAAUGUUUUAUUUGUGAGAUUAAAUUGAGGCUGUGCGUUUGGAAUACCACCUGUGAAGACUUUAAAAACAGGGAAUUUAAGAAGUAUAGCAGCGGUUGGCUUAAAUGCGCUGGAAAUAACGCCACCACAUCUGUCAACAGCGUCCGCGCUUGAAAACGCGUGAAUGGAGGUAUACCAGCAGAAAGGGGAACGCGUGAGCUGCGCGACUUGACUUCUGCGCUUCUGCUCGUUUUGCGCGGAGUGGUUUUCUGCGCUCGUGUCUCUGGGGUGUGUGAAUGUGGUGGAGGGGGAGGGGAGAUAGUCCAUAGAACAAGGCGGGAGUUAUAGAAGUGCUACUCUUACAGUGGAUACUGAAACCAUGUUUUACGCGACAUGUGACGCUAUCUGUCGGGUGGGCCCGUAACUACUCUGGCGUGAGGUUCUAAUCCAAAGUGUUUAUAAUGUUAAUUUAACUACUUGACGUCCAAUUUCUUAGUAAAAGAGAUUAAAACUGUGCGAAAAACACUUAAUGGUGUUUGUAAUAAAAAAAAAGCAUGUUAUAAAGUAAUUUGAGAUGCAAAAUUUCUGGUGUGCCACACCACAAAAUAUGUGGCUACCAAAAUGAAGAGAAUUAAUUUUUAAAUUUUUUGUUUGCCUGAUGCAUUACUUCUCGCAAUCGACGUAGCUGUGUUAAAAAUAUAUAUAUAACGAAAGCUGCUAUCUGGCGGGCGGGCACAAAACUAUGUCUCGGUAUCGGCGAUGAGAGCUUCUCCCGCACCGUGUAGCCGACAGCUGCGGCGCCGCCCGCUCUUUGUACGGGAGGGGCGCCGGACAGCCGCCCUAAGACGACCGUCCUAGCGUCGAGACCAGCCCACUGCACGGUGCGAGCCUGAAUCACACCGACAAAACUUGGGCCGCUGGUUCGUCACCAUCACAAAUAAGUUGCAGACGCCCAUACGACUUAUGGUCUAGAUUGCUUCCCAAAGGCCGGUAUACGUAUUUGAAGAUGGAGCCGAAUAACGUUUUGACGUGACGUCUAAUAAAUCGAUGAACGCCGGCUGCACGCACGAAAAAGUGUCCCGUAACGCACAUUGUUCCGUUACGCUGUGUCCCGUUACGCUGUGUCCCGUUACGCUCAUUGUUCCGUUACGCUGUCGGCGAGUGCAGUAAUAAUAAGUUAUGUUACAAUUUACUAAAAAAUUAUGAUGAUUCAUAUAAUUGAUGAUAUAUAUUUGAAUACAGUUUAUUUAUAUUAAAACAUGUUCAUAAUUAUAUUUAAAUUUUAUAGCUAAACGCCAGUUUUUAAAAUUAAUUCCAAGUCAUCUACACGUGAACUGUUUCGUCGACUGUUUAUAAAGUGAAGUGAAAAGUUAAUGUGGUUUUCAUUGCUUAUUACAAAAAAAAUUUCGGCAAUAAAGUUUAAUUAUUCUUGCAUUUUAAAAAUCUGAUUACUAGUAUAAUUUCAUGUAUUUAUUCUUUUAUUAUUAAAAUAAAAUGAUUCAAUUUUAUUCAUAAAAGUAUGCAAUCAUUUCAUCAAUGUUUUGUUAUGACGUUUCACUUUAAACUAUCGUCCGUAAACCGAAUUUACAGACAACCAAUUUUUUAAUUGUAAACAACAGAGAAAGUGUUUUAGAUCGAGCACUGGGUGUCUGGAUUUAUGUUUAAUUUAAUGAAGUUCUUCAACCACUAACAAUUUUGUCGCAUGUAGCAAAAUUAUUUCAUUGAAAUAAUUGGGGGGUUAACACCUUUAUUUUUCACAUACUUUUGUGACUUGUUACUACCUCCAAUUAAUUCAAUUAAAUAAAUGGUGGUGGUUGUAGAACUUAAUAUAAUUAAACAUAAUCAAGACGUUCAGUGUUCAAUCUUAAAUAGUUUUAUUAUUUACAAUAAAAAAUGUUUUUCAACUGCAUAUUCAAAGACGUAUACCAGCCUUGUGAAGCACUCUAGACCAUAUUUCGUAUGUACGUUUACAACUUCUUUAAUCGCAAUGAACCAGCAACUGAAGUUGGUCGUUCGGAUUCGGACUCACCCUGUGCAGACAUUCAAAAAUGUGCGCAUCAGUUUCUUUCUGGUGCCAUUGGCUAGAAUCCACAAACGCGCGCGCAGUCGAGUUGAUGCCGUGUGCUCAUUGGCUGCUGAAACAUUCCGCAUUCUCGCCGGGUCUCGCGCGAUUGGGUCAGGUGUUUUCCUUGUCGUUCCUCACUGGCUUCUACUUUUUCAGGACGUGCCGAACAAUCUGUGAUUCGAUGACUAAGGACGCUCAAGUGAACCAACAUAUCGUUACAGACUGUCGCCGAAUGAUAAAGCGAAUGGCAUGUCUCCACAAAUUAAAUCAAUCGCUAGAAUUAUUAAAUUCUAAAAAAAAGACUCGUGAACAAAAAAAAAACACAUAAAUUUUUAAAAAUUCAUUACACUGCCUUGUUUUUAUCCCAUGUUCAAUCAUAUGAUUUAACAAUUUCAGCUCGUUUUCUUCUUGAUACUUAACAAAACAUCAUAUGUUUAUUGUGAACGGAAUUAUACAUGGUAUUACUUACAUAUAAUUUUAUAUUAUUACCCUUGAUUUUGAUAGUUGAUUUAUAAAGCGCUUGAGACUUACCAUUAACUAUUGUAUACUGUUAUAUCGUCUGUUGCAGCUGCGCCGAGGAAACGUAAAUUGGAAUUCAAAUAAUGAAAUAACUUGAACUUUGGGUUUAUUGCUUGAAAUUAUAUACUGUGCAUACUUUUUCCUUAGUUACUUAGUUACUAGUUAAGCUCUAGCAGGCGAAAAACUGCUUGUCUCAAGAACUGACUGUUUGAGUUUAUCGCCCUUCCGAAGCACUGUAAUAUUGUUUCGGGAAUAAAGUGAGUCUUGUGAUUGCGUUUCAAUGAUAAUGUAUUUUAACAGAAUGAUUUCUCAUAAUACUCGCAUCAGAAUCAAUGAACAGCAUUUUCUUGAAGAAGCCUCAUGCAUUAGCAUUUUAUUAUUUAUUAUUUUAUAUACUUUACGUAUUAAGUAAAUGUUUUUUUUUAUUCCUAGAAACAAACAGGAAGUGGUUUGGAACCUUAUUUUUAGUUAGGAAUUAUGUUUUGUUCAGCAUUAGAUUGGAGAAAACAAAAUAUAAUGGAUAGCUUUAAGACUGCAUUACUUUGUGUAAGUAUAAAUGUUAUUUACAAGUUUUCCUACUGACUUUUGUAAUAUAAAAUAAAAUGGAAUAAAAUAUUUCCAAAAAUAAA